AUGACUUCGCCCAGUGAAACUAUCGCUCAGUGGAGAACGACAAUUAUAAUUAGCUCAUCCCUCCAGAACCAUGACACCUGCAGGACGCUCAGCGCACAGCAGCACAGAAUAAGGUUUUCUGACAGCGUGGAAGCUGGGGCCUUCAUUUUCCCUCUUUCAGGUACCGCGUUCCUGCUGGUUGACCCUCAGGACCUCCCAGAGCCUCUGGAGGAAUCAGGAUUAACUGAACGCAUUGGAAAAUUUGUGCAGGUCCACAGGAACUGCUUUUUACUUCUCUAUUCUCCCUUUAAUGGGGAAAAAGAACUGCAGGUUUUGACUGUGAUUCAGCACAGAUUUAUCGGCAGCAAUCUGAAGAUCCUUCCUGUACGAAAUGGUGCACAAAUAGCCAAAGGAAUGCUGACAAUUGCCAAGGCCACCAGUAAGCCGCAUGCUGAUAAAAUCCGAGAGCGCAUGUCUCUGGCCCGGGCUCACAUCAUCGAGACCAGUCCUGUGUGGGAAAUGCUCAGAGACAUUUUAUAAAGCCCAGCAGGUGAUC